CGUCAUCUGCCGCUUCCUUGCUCUCGGUCCUUCGCUGCUGGCUUCAGUUUGCCAGCAAAACUCAGCCCUCACAUUGCAAACCGGCAAAUCGAUGAAGAUGGCCCGGCUUGCUGUCCUUGCUUGCCUCAUAGCUGCCUCCCCGGCAGCCUUGGCAACUCGAGUGGGGCCCCGAAGUGCGCAUUUGCACCAAGCUCCUCGUCUCCUCACGGUGUAAGCUGUCCGCAAGACGGAAGAACAGGCUUUCUUGCUUGGGUCUGUGAUGUGUGCAGGGCGUGUCGACGAAUUUGGGUCUUGUGAUGGAUGUGACGCCAAAUAAUGACAACACAAGUGCCACUAUUACCUUUUCGGACCCGCAGAACCAGUCGCCCAGACAGGUACUCCUUUCUAUUCAGUGUAUGUGCCUCCGGCUGGCUGGUUGGCUAUGUAUCUAUCUAUCUGUCUGUCUGCCUGUCUUCCUGAAGUACAAGGGCGUGUCAAUCACUGCGUCCCACGGCACUUUCACGUCUUUUCCCACGGGACUGCAAGCAUACACUGACUUUGACGGGUGCGGCACUGCAAGCCACCAGACUUCUCCAAGCCACCAAGUCACGCACACAACUGGCGAUCUGAAAGGUACAUAUACAGACACCUCGCGUGAAUGCAUCUGCAUGUGACUCUGUGUGCAUUGCCUUGCAAUUGCAAUCGGCUGUCUGCAUCCAUCCAUCCAUCCAUCCAUCCAUCAUCUGUGUGUCAGACUUGUCAGCCUUGCAGGUCGAGUGGGCGCAUGAGGGGGCGGCAGCAGACGUGACAUUCCGAGGGACAAUUGUGCUCGACUCCGCCCAAAAGUACCAAACAUUCGACGAACAGCAAUUGUCGGUCGCAGCAGUGAUGACGACACGUGAGUUGAGUGAGCCACAGGGCCCACAGGUAGAUUCUUCUUUCAUGUCUCAUGGAUAGAUGUGUGUGUCUCUUGUAUGUAUGUAUGCGUGCGUCUCGUUUAUGCAGCUGGCCCUACGGACACGGAGGGUCCGACGAGCAGCCCUUCAGUCAGCGACACGACUGCCGCAGACACCACAGCGACGCCCACCGACCCUCAAACCGACCCACCAUCCGACGACAAGGAUCGAGCGCGCGCCAGAACAUCGCUGUCACUUCAACCGCUGCUCUUGCCGCCAUUGGCUCUCUGCUGCUCUUCUGAACUUUCUUCCGAACUUUUUUGCUGUCCUAGGUAGGUAGCAUAGCACUAUGUGCUUACACACGCCAGUCAGGAGGGCCACUGGUUCUCUGCUUUGCUGUCUGUGCAUGGGGACGGUGGGUGGCCUCCUGUCUUGGUGUAUGUGUGCACGUGGACAAAGACAGCAGGGCCCGCGAAUGCAUGCAGGCUGCCUGUCUGUCUGUGCGUGCAUGGUCGGUCCAUGAUU